AGGUGUUGUUGUCUUGCCGAAAUUAUGUCGGGCCGCGGAAAGCAGGGAGGUAAAGUCCGAGCGAAGGCCAAGUCGCGCUCGUCGCGGGCUGGGCUUCAGUUCCCGGUGGGUCGCGUCCACCGCCUCCUGCGGAAAGGUAACUACGCCGAGAGGGUGGGUGCUGGAGCGCCCGUCUACAUGGCGGCCGUGCUGGAGUACCUGACGGCCGAGAUCCUGGAGCUGGCGGGCAACGCGGCCCGCGACAACAAGAAGACGCGCAUCAUCCCCCGCCACCUGCAGCUGGCCAUCCGCAACGACGAGGAGCUCAACAAGCUGCUGGGCAAGGUGACGAUCGCGCAGGGUGGCGUGCUGCCCAACAUCCAAGCCGUGCUGCUGCCCAAGAAGACUGACAGCCACAAGGCUAAGGCCAAGUAAAACUCUUCCGACGAAACAACCCAAAGGCUCUUUUCAGAGCCACCCACAUUUUUCUUGAGAGAGCAGGAACACUCGAGUUUGCCAAUGUUUUUCUGCUGACAGAUGAUGUAAUGAGAAACUUGGUUUAGACACAGCUUAUGAAGUUAGUACUGUUUUUCUGUGUAACUUCUUAAUCUUUGUCCUGCAGUUUCUUCUUAUAUGCUUGUGUAAACCUUUGUCAGUUUUCUUAAAUCUGUAAGAGCAAGAGUUGGAAGUUGAAAUCAUUCACAGCUGCUGGGUGGGGGCUGGGGUCUACGGGUAAGGGAUGAGACCGCGGUAAGUGGGCUUGGAGCCUUUUGCUCCGUGCUUUGAAUUGGGAAUUUUUGCCCUUAACCCCCGCCGAGGGCUGGGGAGGGGGCGGGCCCUUUUCCGCCCAAUCUGGGGAUAGCGCGCGGGUUUCAAACACACUCACUUUCCCUCGGGGAUCAUCUCCGGCUGCUCCUCUUUGGCGGGUGGAAAUGGGAGUCACGAGCCUGGUGUCUAGUGGCUGCUUUCGGUUUUAUGCCUCUUGAGAUCUGUUGUUUUUUAUUUUUUUUUAACUCAUUUGCACCUUCCAAGCAAUAGCGAUAGCAUUAGAAAUGUUUUGGUCGGAUGCUGUCCCUUAACUAAACCAGGGCUGUUUCCAAAGGGCAGUGUCAGCUACUCUUUGAGGGGGGGGAUGGAAAUCUUAACGGAGGGUCAUGGGUUAAACCAAAAUCAUCUAAGUCGUACUUUAUCACAGCAUCUGAGUGAGCAUAUGGAAGUAUUUUAGACAGUCAUGUAUACACGUGUCAGAGUAUCAUAGAGCACCAGUCUGGACUUGAACUCAGGAGUGGCUUUCAAAAGCAUUGCUGGGUUUACCUGCAGAAGUUUCCAUUCCUUUUACAAAAUAGCCAUCUUCUGCUUGACAGCUCUCUUUGCUUUUUGGGUGCGGCAGCCUUAGUCAGAGUCUUUUUGCGGGCUCUUAGCAGCAGAGGCCAUCGGCUAAUUUGGGCUCUUUGCCCCUAUCUUGGUGGCAUUGAGCGAGAGAGCACCUUGCUCCACCUACGUGGAGGUCAUAGUGGCUUCAGUAGUCAGCCCAGUGGGUCUGGGGCCCGCGGGUAUCCGAACGGUCUGACGCCGUCUUCAGCUUCAUGCAGGUGGAGAUUGGAGUCGCAGCAGUCUCAGAUAUGGUCAGAGAGUGAUUUCAAAAAGGGGUGAAAAGGGUGCCAGGGGGAAUAUAAGUAAAGAUAAGCAGCUGGAAGUUGGUAUUUACAGGGAGGAGCGUCUCUGCACUUGGUGCCAUGAGGAGUUUGUGGUUUGUUUGUUUGCUGUUCGGUGAUUCCUAGGAACAAAUUUUUUUUUCCUAAUUCUUCUACUGUUAUGGAAACUGCAUCCCUUCAUCCUUUCCUUUGUUAGGAAGCUGUUUUGGUUUGUUUGGUUUUUUUUUUUUUUUGGGGGGGGGGUGUUUCAGUAAUGUCUUAUGCGAAAGAAAGUAGAACUGCCCGAAGGGGAGCCAGAAAUGCACCGCUGGGAGCCUCCAAACAAGGCUGCCUGAGGGGGUUGUUUUCUUUUUGUCAUUAAAAAUGCCCCUGGAGAAAUAAGGCAGGAAAAAAAAACCACAACUUACUGCUUUUGGCUGUGUCCUCCCUCUAGAGAGAGAGAUAGAAGUGAGUCAUUGUAGCAACGUGUUGAUUGAAAAUGUUUUUCAAGCAGAAGGAGGUAACACAGUAGUCCCUGUCUGCAGCGUUGCUAAGAAACAAGAUUAGAAUCGCAGGGCUGGUUCUAAACGACACUUCCUUAUUACACAAUUUCCAAGCAGAAUUUGUUUGGUUUUGUGGGGGGGGGGUUUAUUACUUUUUUUGGGGGUGCAUUUUCUUUUGAAACAGACUAAGGACUCUUUUUUUCAUCAGUCCAGUUAUGUUGAAAGAAAAAGCAGUGCAUUGUUGAUCUUCUACUACUCAGUGAUGGACUUUAUUGGUAGCCGUGCUGAAAUUUAGAGCCAGGGUUAAAACUUUUGAGGAUAACUUUCUAUUAUUAUUAUCAGUUUGUUUUGUGUGGUAAAUCAAGCAAAAUAACUUUCUAUUGGUGAAUAUUGGUAUGAGGGGAAGAGGUUGAAUGGGCGUGAAGCAGAGGACUGAUUUAUACAAAGUCCUGAUUGGGCCAUUUGAAAAUCCUGCGUUUUGAAACACGGGACUCCAGGAACAAAUUUUACCCCUCUGAAACAGAUGUGAGGAAGGGAGCAUUUCCAUCUUCUCAUAAGCAGUGCUCACAAAUGAAGUGCCUGGGAAGGAAGCGGGACUGGUUUAUGAAAUUAGGGCAAGCGUGGUUUUCCCCAGUGACGUUUGAAAAGUCACUCGAAAACACCCUUGUUGGAAGAAAAGAGUUAACAGGCACAAAGAGUCUAGAUUACGAAACCAGGUGGGCUUCCGUAGUCGAUGAGGCGGGGGGGAGGGAGCAUCUGACCCUGGCGAUGCCGACCUAAUCUCAAAACAAAGACCGAAGGAGCCUCGAGAUAAGGGAAAGACGUCACUGCUGAGAGAUUAACAGCCCAUCCUGCUUGAGAAACUACUUCUGUUUCCCAUGGAGCCCGUGAUUAUUACAGCAUUUCUUUGUACAUUCUCCCCUAGAAAACUUGGCACAUGACUACAUGCCUGAGUUAUUCCUUGCCCACCUCUGCAAGUCUGAGGAUAACCAGCACAAGCUGCUGAGUUACUGUAUGAACACAUCAGCACAUGAAAAGGCAACACUUUUAAGUGUUAUCAAUAAUUAAUAAAUACACACACCAUUUCUCUGAGGUUUAUAAAGCUCUAUCAGAGAUAGACCCUGCUGCUUCUAGGGUAGGAGCUGCACAAGAAUUUCCAUCUUCUACCUGAAUGAAAACUACUUUGAAUGCAUCUGCGGUGGCCUUCACCACAUAGGUUCAAGUAGAGCCCAAAGGCAGACACACACCUGAGAAGAAAUACUACUGUGCCCUGAGACAGAUAGACCCAGAGGGAGCAGUAUGUCCAGGUCUCAGGUUCGUCAGGUUAGUCCAAGAAAAUGGGAAUGAAAACUAGUGUUAAGCUAACAAAAACUCAAACAGCACAGCAGUAUCUUAGG